UCGCACAGCCCCGCGCUUCCCGUACCCAUCCCCUCCGCACGCCCACCUGCUCGUCACAACCAUUCCAUUCCAGCUGCGCCAAUGCCAGUGCGUCUGUGCCAACUCAGUGAAUGGCUAGUUGUUGCUGCCGCAGCGCUGGAGCCGCCACCAGCAACUGCACCCAUUUUUACUAGACUCCAAAUCAGAGUGCAGUUUAGUUGGACUUGGGAGGGUGUGUAAUCCCAUGGCCCGUGCGGAAGUCGUGGAACCCGACGUGAUGGAGAUCAACUAGCGGUUCAGAGCUUGCUGUAGGAGGGAUCUAGUGGGUACUAGCAUUGUCGGAGUUCUGGACAUGAGUUUGGGAGACUUUUACCGUUACUUGGAAGAUUUGUGUCGGUUUUUCGGGUUUGGCUAUGGUGGUGUUAGAUUCCCAGGACUGGAGCGGGCUGUAGCUUAGGCAAAUACGUGUGGUUGCCACGUGUGGAGGAUUCGAGGUUGUUGAAGAGCUGGAUGUGGUCGAGGAGAAAGGAAAUCUGCAUUGGGGCAUGGGUGUUUUCAUCGUCAAGCAUUGAUCUGAUGAUGCGAUGAUGGUCGCUGUUGGUAUGCGAUAAGUUUUGGAAGAAUUUGUUUUCACGGGGAUUGGACUUCGAGUUGUGUAGCCUCUGAGCUUUAUGGCGGGUCUUCUUCUAUCGGGAUUGUGGUUUUUAGGUCUUCUGCGUUCGUCAUUGGCGGGAGGACCAGGAGAUUUUCAUGUAGCUAUCGACUGCGGGGGCUACCUUAAUUUCUCAAACAGUAUCAACCAAACCUGGCUAGCCGACAAUUUCUUCUCCGGUGGUAAAGUAGCUAAUGUCUCCCACCCAGAGAAUUUCCCUAGGCAGCAAGAGCGCAGCCUACGUUACUUCCCCAUCUCUCACGGCAAGAAAAACUGCUACGAGAUUAGUGUACCCGUGGCCCGUUACAUGAUCCAGAUGUUCUUCGCAUACAACAAUUUCGACAAUUUGAGCCACUCCCCGAGCUUCGACGUAUCCGUGGAGGGCACGGUGGUGUUCAGCUGGCGGUAUCCCUGGGCCGAUGAUUCCGACAACUAUGGCGCAUACUCGGACCUCUAUGCCUUCAUUCACGACGGAUCCGCAACCAUUUGUUUCUACAGUAUUGGGACUGACGCACCUGUGAUCGGCUCCCUAGAGCUUCUCACAGUCGAUGACGCUGCAUACAAUUCCAGUUCCACUGGUCAGAACAUCAUAUUGGCAAACUACGGCAGAGUUUCUGGAGGGGAUAGUUCCUUUGGGCCGGGCUACGAUAACGUGACUGACCUCGGAGGUCGCUCUUGGGUAGUUGACGAUGACUACACGACUAAUUUGAAGCAGUUUUUGACGUCUGCACACAACAUUGUCGGUGCCAAUGUAGCCCCAAACUACUGGCCAGUGCGGCUCUACCAAACGUGUCGAUACGAGCAGCAGCCGGGUGUUCCUAUCACAUACAAUUAUCUGGUUGAUGCCAAGCUGGAUUACCAGAUUUGGUUCCACUUUGCGGAGAUUGAUCCCAAUAUUACAGCAGCUGGGCAACGAGUGUUUAAUGUGACAGUGAACAAUGUAGCGGUGAUUACAGGGUUAGAUCUAUUUCAAAAGGCAGGGCUCAACACUGCCUUCGACGUUGUCUACACUGUGAGGAACUUGACUGAGGGGCUGCUGGUGAUAUCCCUGAUUCCGCUUAUUGGAAGUCCUUUGAUAUGCGGGGUUGAAGUCCUUGCAGUCUUGCAGGCAGACAUUGCGAUUAAUGUUACUGAAGCUGCGGCUAUGCAUGCCCUGAAAAAUGCACUGAACGUGCCUGAGAGGAUGGGGUGGAACGGAGAUCCCUGUGCGCCUACUGAAUGGGAUGCGUGGGAAGGAGUCACUUGUAACCUCGCAGCUGAUGGUUCUUCUCUUGUGAUUACUCACAUGAACAUUGCUGAUCAAGGGUUAUCGGGUGUUCUCCCAGCUCAGCUUACCGACCUCUCCCAUCUGGUAUCACUAAAUGCGAGCAGCAACAAGGUUUCUGGCCCCUUGCCCGCCACUUUGGGUGCUAGCAACUUGGUUUCUCUAGACUUGUCUUUUAAUGCUCUUGAGGGACCGAUUCCAGUCACCCUAGGCUCUCCAGGAAUGCAACAUUUACGGCUAAACAACAACCGAUUAGCUGGACCUGUGCCAGAAUCUAUCUAUGCCAUUGGGGUUCAUGGUGGCUAUAUUAAUUUGGCAGAAAACCAGGGGCUUUGUGGAGUGCCAUCACUGCCAGAUUGCGCUUACAAAUGGAAGCAUGAGGGCAUGUCGUCAGCAGUUAAAGCAGUUUUAGCGAUAGGUGUGCUGCUUGCUGCCGCCAUAGUCGUGUGUGGGGCUUACGUGUAUAUACAAAGGAAGAAAGCUCAACAGGACUACAAUUUCAACCUUCCCCAUCAGCUCGUUGAGAGGACGAAGUGGUACCAACAACACAAGAUGACCAAGCAAGCUGAUCUUGAGGGAGUGUCCAUGAUCCAAUCCAGUAUUCCCAACCGCUUUGGUUUCUCUUCAAACAUAACUUCCAGAGAAUAGUUUCUUUUCCUUCGCCACACAUUGUACCAAAAUGUAGACGAGCUGAUGUUCGGGAUACGCUCAAGGAGCAGAAAAGGUCGACGCUGGUGAUCUAAAUCAUAGGCGUAGGGUCCUAGCAUGCAGGGUGAAGAGAUGCUACAGGCAUCUUCUUUUCUAUUAGCGCUUCCUUUAUUAAGGAAUAAUGAAGCGUGUGUGGGUGUAAAAGGACUGCACCCACAUCAAGUUGAUGAGAACUCUCAGUUUCGACUCACAAGAGGAUCCAGAACGUUGAGAUCAUUCCUGUUCUCAAGCCCACACCCAUCUUCCAUGACAUCCCUUCUGGUAGGUUGAGGCAGUAGCGAUGUAUUUGUAUACUAGUCUUCUCGAGGAAAGUUAAGCCCUCGAAUUCAAGUUUGGGGCGAGGUAAAAUCUAGUUAGUGCGUGUUCACAAUUUGUGAUUCUUCCAACUUGUGGGAUCAGUCAUAUUAUGAGCUUUUCAUUGUUAUAAAUUAACUAAAUGGUCAGCACCGGACUAUCUGCGAAGUCUCAGUUUUCUCCUAAAUUAAGCAGCGGCUUGGACGCGUCUGACUGGAUUUCAACUACGUUGUCUACCUUCAGCGUCCCCCACCGUCUUCAUUCAAGCGAAAGAAUGUCGGUCCUCUGGAGCUCGGUGCCACUCGUUGCAGACUUCUGGUUCUCCGUCGCUGGUACGAUGUUUCGCUUCACAGCAUGGGAUGGCGCAGAUGCUACUGGCUCCACUUUGAGGCGCGGUGCUGGAAGAGGAAGGAGAUGUGUGCACAUGCAUGUGACGUGGGGCUGUGAAGGUGUGUAUAUAAAGAUGGACCGAAUAUUGCUGUAACGAUUGCUUCUCGUGAGAGAUCCAGUCUCGAUCAAUAAGUUUCAACAGACUGUAUAUGAUGUGGUCUUCUUCAA